GGGGCCGCGCCCGGUUGCGGGGCACGGAGCGGACAGCGCUGCGCCCCUCGCGCACAGCGGCCGCCGGGAGCGGGGACGGGCGCGAAUUUCUUUCAGAGGAGGGAAGGCCGAGCCUUGCUAUGGAUGGAAAAGGACUUACAGACAACUGGUAAAUUCAGCGCAGGCUUACUGGCCGUGAGGAUAUUCUGAACUCAAGCAGAAAGUGUUUGGAGUGAAGGGCGUUCCGGGAGUGGCAGCAGCACGUACUUGAAAACUGUUUUAAAGGUAGAGAUCAUCAGCGCCAGCAACAUGGAGGAUGAUGACAGCUUGCAGUUUCGUCAGCUGCUCCUGCUCAUUGAUGAAGGACUGGGGGCUGAAGAUGUAGCAGCAUUAAAGUUUCUCUGUACUGACUUGAUCCCCUUCAGAAAACUAGAAAGCGUGCAGUCAGCAAUGGACAUUUUUCAGCUUCUUAUAGAUGAAGAUUAUCUGAAUGAGGAAGAUACUUUCCUGCUAGCUGAACUGUUAUACAGAAUUAAAUAUCACUCCUUGCUCAGUAAACUUGGCUAUACCAAGGAGAAAGUGCAAGAAUGUCUGCAUGAGAAGGGAAAAGUGUCCCCAUACAGGCAGAUGCUGUAUGAAUUGUCAGAGAACAUUACCAAUGACAUGUUGCAGGAAAUUGUAUUCCUCCUGAGAAACCAUCUUCCAAAGCGACGCAGAACUAUUUCUGCUUUGGAGUUACUGAUUUUAUUGGAAAAACAGUGUCUUUUAACUGAAAACAAUGUGCAGAUACUGGAAGAAGUCUUUAGAAAUGUUUCACCUGAUCUCCUGGAAACAGUAAAGUGCUACAGAAUGGCAAAAGUGGCUCUGCCUCAUCAGGAGAAUACUCUGCCAAUCAAGGAAUCUUCACCGUCUUACACUGUACACGUGAGAUUAUUCAAUUCCCCUCAGGAGACCUCAAUCAAAUCUGGCAGUUCCAAUAUCCGUGAUCAUUAUGUUGAAGAACCUGGGAGCCUGUGGGAACAUGCUGGAAAUGUGAACCCUGUACCUGGCAGGCAAGAUAACGUAGCGCCUAAUCUUACACAAGUCUUCUCUAAAAUGAACCUGCAGCUGUCUGGAGAAUUCAGUGGUGUAGAAAAUGAACCCAAGGUGUCAAGUUACAAAAUGGAUGGGCCACGGAGAGGAAUUUGUCUUGUUAUUAAUAACGUUAAAUUUGAUGGGGUUCUUCAAGAGAGGAAGGGUUCUUAUAAAGAUGCCUGUGAAUUGGAGAGAGUAUUCACAUGGCUUGGUCUGGAUGUGAGGACUUACACAGAUCAGACAUCUGAUCAGAUUAAAGAACUGAUGCAAGCAUGGCAGCGUUCAGAAGACCACAAGAAUAGGGACUGUUUUGUCUGUUGCAUUCUAUCUCAUGGAGAGUCAGGAGCAGUAUAUGGGAAAGAUGGGAAGCUUGUAUCAAUCCGCACAAUCAUGACCUACUUCACUGCCAAGCAAUGUCCACAGUUGACUGAAAAACCCAAACUAUUCUUUGUCCAAGCAUGCCAAGGUAAAGAGGUACAGCGUCCUGUCUAUGUUGAAACCGAUGCACGAGUUCCUGACUUCUCUUCUGUACCACAGAGCACUUCUCCUUCUGAAAGUAUUCCUGAAGAGGCUGAUUUCCUCCUUGGCAUGGCCACGAUUGAUGGAUAUGCCUCUUUCCGGCAUGUUCAGGAGGGUACUUGGUAUAUUCAGGCCUUGUGCAGCAAGCUACAGUUGUUGGUACCAAGGGGUGAAGAUAUUUUGUCUAUUCUUACAGAAGUUAAUGAAGAUGUUAGCAAGCGUGUUGACCGUUAUGGGACAAGGAAGCAGAUGCCCCAGCCAGCAUAUACCUUAAGAAGAAAACUUAUAUUCCCAAUACCUAGAGACCCUCCUCCUUCACAGCGAUAUUGAGACUUUUUUAAUACAUUCUUUUGUCAAUAUGUCUCUUUUAAAUGCAAUUCACAGUGCCUGUUUAAGGCAGUUACUCAGACUCCUGAGGAGCUAUUAGUGUCAAGGCAAGGCCUCUUCUUUUUGUUUUUUCUUGCCAGAGAAACUAUGAAGCUGAGCUGGAAGAGAUGCAGUUAAUACAAUCCGUGUGCCAGCUAUUUACAUCAUCUAUAUAUUCAGUUUUCAAGGAUGGGAGAAGCAAGUUUCUAUGAUCUUAAACAUUUUUGUACUGGCACAGACUGCAGAUGUAGAAGUGUAUUUUGGCCAGCAUAAGGAUUGCAUAUGUAGCCUUCUAUAUAUUCCUUUUUAUCUAAACUAGGAUGUUAACAGUCUGGUUUAGGCUCAUCAAAUUUUAUUUUGCAUACUAAUAAUGUUUAAACCUACCUCUAAAACCAUAAGCUGUGUUCACAGAGAAAGGCAAAAUUAAGAAUGAAGAAGAGAAAGUUUAAGUAGUAGGUGGAGAAAGAUUUCUUUCAUUUCUAAUUUAAAUUACUUACCGCUAUUGAAAUCACUGAUUUGUUCUGCGGUACACACUGAUACACUCUAAUAGCUAAAUGCACCUCACCUACAAGGAGGUGUUCCCAAAACUGAGUAUAGGCAAAAUGCUACAGUAUUCCCUCUGUGAAACCUUGUUAACCCUCAUUUCCACAUGACUUCUUGUGGGAAAAGUUAGGGUGGAACAGUUUAGCGCUACAAAAUGAUGAUAUUCAGCAUUGUAUCUGCAUACAUUGAUCAGACUGAUUAACUUGAAACACUACAUUUUCUGAUUUCUUAUUUUUAAGAUCUAAAAUGUAUUCGUAGGGUACACAAGGCUCUUUAUUAAGCUUCUAACAGAGUAUGUUUUAGAGUUAAUGAAAAUAAUAGAAUGUUAUUUUGUUAGAGACAUUUACUAUGUGCAUCUGUGUCCUUCCUGUUUGUUACUGAGUUUAAUUUAUACUAUUUUUUAAGAGCUUAGGGGUGGGGGGGGAGGGGGGAGAGAAAAAAAAGAAAGUAAUAAUAAAAAUUUUGUACUGGG